AUGAAUGCUUUGGGUAAAAGCAUCACAGUACACAGUGCUUUAAAAAUGUUCUUACUUUGUGUUUGGUGAGUUCUCUCUGCGAAGCUCAAACAGCCAUCUAUCAUGUGACUGAAGAGAAACACAGGUCUCAUAAUUCUGCUGCUGUGUACUCUAGCUCUGUGGGCCAAGUUAGUCAGCGCAGGCUCCAGCUUCCUCAGCCCCUCCCAGAAACCACAGGUAAGACAGGUAAUAUGUAGCAGACGUGUGUUUGUGUGUAAGGUUUGUGAGUUUUGUGCAAAAUGUGUGUGUGUGCAUGCGACACUGUCGCAGUCUGGCGAGACAUUGAGAGCUUUGCGAGCUGUUUGAGGGUCCUCUUCUCCAGGAGGACAAACACAUUACCGUGA